UGAUAUUUUAACUGUCCAGUGUGUACUUGUACGGAUAAGCGUUUCUAAGAUGGCUGAAGCAGUUGUGAACAACGAUGAACAUGCUGCAUAUUUCGAGGAUGUAGUAGCCAGACUCACUGAUGCUUUUCCAAAAUUAAGUCUCAAGGUAAUACGGAAGGUUGUGGCUAGUUGCCGUAGGGACAUUGUUCAGAUGGUCAUACAGUUGACAGCAACUGAGGUCGAUGAGCAGCGCAAAGCGGAAAUUAUAGAAUCAAGAGCACUUAUGCCUGAAACAGAAGAAGCUUCAACUACAGCAGUACAUCAAAAACGAGGUACUUCGAUAAAGUCACAAGUGAAGAAAUACACCAGUGGUUUCAAGAUAGAGGAGUUCUUGGCAAUGUUUCCGAAUCCAGAAGAGACAUUCUGCAAUCCGGAGCGAGGGGAAGACGUUCUUGAUAUGACAACCGUAGCUUAUGUUGAAAGUUUCUUCAUGAAUAAGUACCCAUCCAUCUACAAGAGCCACAUUUCGUUUUUGCUAUAUCAGGGAUCUACGAGGCAACCAAAGUGCAUAAGUCUACUUAAGAUGGAUGAGGAGUUGCAGAAGGUAGAGCAAAAAGGUGAGCAAGUUAUGAAGUGCCGUCGAAAACCAACAACUAUGAGGAUUGAUCCAGGCGAAGACAUUCGACUUUUACAAGAGCUUGCUUACUUGGAGCACAGAACAGAUAUUUUAGAUUAUAAGCUGAAAAAACAACAGGAAGAAACCGAUAGGAGAAAAUUUGCAAAAGAAAACGGUCUUACAGUUUCGUGUCAAUGCUGCUUCGUGGACGACCUAUUGCCUGAAGAAGUGUAUUCAUGUACCAACGAUUUUUGUUUUUGUGGGGAAUGCAUCAGAAAGAGCUGCGAAAUGAAACUUGGUGAGAGAGACAUUCAGUUUCCGUGUUUGGCGGCCUGUAGGUCGCAAUUUGCGUGGAAAACGCUGCAGGCGGCGCUUCCACCUACACUAUUUUCGAUACUAUCACAGCGUUGCACGGAAUCUGAGAUAAGGGCGGCAGGACUUAAAGUUGACAGUUGUCCAUUAUGUAAUUUCACCAACACCAUCGAUGAGCUAUAUACGUUGUUCCAGUGUUUUAACCCCAAAUGUAUGAAGGAGACAUAG